AUGGCAGGGCGGCAGCGCGAUGUGUGGAAGGAUAAAGUAGACCAAGGAAAAUCUGUGGCCUACCAAACAGCAGCCAGCAAUGCUUUCUUGUGGGGACCAACCCGACUGAAGCCGGAGGAGGUCGUUAUCCCUUUAAGAGCAGGAUCUGCACAACCUCCCACAAGAGCCUAUCUGAAGAAGAUUAAAGUUUCCAAGGUAUCUAGAUGUCGUCACUGCACAGCAGACCCUGCAACACCUGCGCAUGUGCUUAAUCACUGUUCACACACCCUUGACAGCAAAAUCAAAGAACGACAUAACAAGGCCUUAGCAUGGAUUACAACAGGAAUCAAACGGACUGCGGUGAAUCGGGACAAGACUCUACAAAUAGAUAGCAGUCCAGCGGAUAUGGAAAUCCUACUGAGGCCGGAUAUUCCAGGGACGACAAGCACAAGCGAGUUGCGAUAA